CAACUUCUCUUCAUAACUCAGUUUACUCUUUCUCUCUUAUUUUCUCAGAGUUCAGAUUCAGUGAAGCUAAAUAAAUGCAAUAAACCAAAGUUUUGAUAUUUUUGGCUCUUUCUUAGAGCUUUUGAACUUAAAAAAAAAAAAAAACCAAUCUUUUCAAGAUUUGGUUUUUUUAAUUUGUGUUGUUUCUUGAUUCGAUUGCAUUCGGUGGAAAUUGAAAUCUUGGUGAAGAAAAAUCUUUAAGGAAGAAGGUUUGAGAAAGUUUAGUCAUGGCUAACGAUAAUUUGAAAGUGCUAAAUGCACUAGAUGUUGCGAAAACACAACUUUAUCACUUCACAGCAAUUGUGAUUGCUGGCAUGGGCUUCUUUACUGAUGCUUAUGACCUUUUCUGCAUUUCUAUGGUCACUAAAUUGCUUGGUCGCAUUUACUACCAUCAAGAAGGAGCAUUGAAACCUGGCUCUCUGCCCCCUAAUGUCUCAUCAGCCGUUAACGGAGUCGCCUUCUGUGGAACCCUUACUGGACAACUGUUUUUCGGGUGGCUAGGAGAUAAACUUGGAAGGAAGAAAGUUUAUGGAAUGACCCUUAUGAUUAUGGUCAUUUGUUCGAUUGCCUCGGGGCUCUCUUUUGGUCAUACACCAAAAAGCGUUAUGACUACACUUUGUUUCUUCAGGUUUUGGCUAGGAUUUGGCAUUGGUGGUGAUUACCCCCUUUCUGCCACCAUCAUGUCUGAGUAUGCUAACAAAAAGACUCGUGGAGCGUUCAUUGCUGCGGUGUUUGCCAUGCAAGGUUUCGGAAUUCUUGCUGGUGGAAUGGUGGCAAUCAUUGUUUCUGCGGCAUUCAAAGGAGCAUUCCCUGCACCAGCAUAUGGGACUAAUGCUGUUGCUUCAACAGUCCCUCAGGCUGAUUUCGUGUGGCGUAUAAUUCUCAUGUUUGGUGCAAUCCCAGCUGGAAUGACUUAUUACUGGCGUAUGAAGAUGCCUGAAACCGCACGUUACACUGCCUUGGUUGCCAAGAACUUAAAACAGGCAGCUAACGACAUGUCCAAAGUGUUGCAAGUCGAAAUUGAAGCAGAGCCAGAGAAAGUCGAGAAUGCCGCUCAAGACGGUCCGAAUAGCUUUGGUUUGUUCACUAAGGAGUUCCUCCGUCGCCAUGGACUUCACUUGCUCGGAACUGCUAGCACAUGGUUCCUGUUGGACAUUGCUUUCUACAGUCAGAACCUUUUCCAGAAGGACAUUUUCAGUGCGAUCGGAUGGAUUCCACCAGCACAAACGAUGAACGCGUUGGAAGAAGUUUACAGAAUUGCUAGGGCACAAACUAUUAUUGCCCUUUGCAGUACUGUUCCUGGUUACUGGUUUACGGUGGUAUUUAUCGAUAGAAUUGGUCGAUUUGCAAUUCAGUUGAUGGGAUUCUUCUUCAUGACAGUCUUCAUGUUUGCCUUAGCCAUUCCGUACCAUCACUGGACUCUCAAAGAUAACAGAAUCGGGUUCGUGGUCAUGUACUCACUCACCUUUUUCUUUGCGAAUUUUGGUCCAAAUGCUACAACAUUCGUGGUCCCCGCGGAGAUUUUCCCGGCCAGGCUUAGGUCCACAUGCCAUGGUAUAUCAGCAGCAGCUGGGAAAGCAGGAGCUAUGGUUGGUGCAUUCGGGUUCUUGUACGCUGCUCAGCCCCAGGAUCCCAAAAAGACUGAUGCCGGUUACCCUGCUGAUUGGGGUGAGGAACUCGCUGAUCAUCCUAGGUUGUGUAACUUCCUUGGAAUGAUAUUCACAUUCUUGGUGCCAGAAUCCAAUGGGAAGUCAUUGGAAGAAAUGUCAAGGGAAAAUGAAGGGGAAGAGGAAAGUGCUGGAACUGAAAUGAGGGGGGCUAGUGGAAGGACAGUUCCUGUUUAAUUUUGGAAAAUUUGGUAUAUACUAAUGAUGCAUUUUGAGUGAAUUUGUUUGUGGUCUUUGGAGCAACACAUCUUGGGAUGAAAGAGUUGUUUUGUGGUAUGUUUUAAGAUGGAAUAAGCUCUUACUAUUUUGUUUGUUUCUGAUGGUAAUUAGACAUUAUCUUAGUACUGCAGAUCCCUGAAAUUCUGAGAUAUAUAAAGUGAUUAACUAAA